AUGCAAAAUCGCAACGCAAGGGGUCGACCAAAUGCCAACUCGUUGCGCUUCGGCGUGCAGGGGCGUAGCCGCAGCGACACGGCGGGGCGACCACGGGCGUCAGUCACCUGGCGUCGGCGCCCGCGGCGUGGUGUGCGGGCGGGGAGACGCCUGCCCGACAGGAAGUGGACUUCGCGGGAUGCUCUGACGGGGAACACGGACAUGCGGCUGGUGCUGUUGGCACUCCUGCUGCCCCGCUGCCGCCCGGCCUCCGGCGACUCGGCGGUGCUGGAGCACGAGGUGACGGCACUGCAGGCCGCGCAGCAGAUCCGCUCCGUCGGGCCGCAGGAAGGCAAGGCGCCGGGCUGCGCCGAGUGCUCCUACUGGGAGCGCUUCUACUGCAUCAGCCACGAGGUGCUGGACGACCACUGCUGCUGCGACCAGCGCUACCAAGAGUGGUUCCCCUACGUGCCGCACCAGUGCUACCUGGAGGAGGAAAUGUGCACCACGCAUGCUGCCAACUGCGAGGAGUACAUGCGGAUCAGGACGUGCUGCUGCGACCUGCACACCGUCCUCAGAUGGAAGUACUUACUAUCCGGCAAAGAACGGUUGACGAGUAGCAACUGGAUGCUGUUACUUGUUCUGCUACUGUUGGCAGUACUGCAAGCACCAUCUUGACAAACAACGGAAGGAACUUAUACGGGGCUACAUUCUUGUCUCUUUUUUAUUUUAUCAUGUCGGCGACGUGGCAAAAGGAAACAUUUCUAGUAGCUGAGAUGUUUCAAAGAAGACGGAAGAAACUAGUCAGAAAACAGUAUUCGUGCCAUCGUGAUAAUAGUGAUUGCAGUGUUUAUAUUCUAGACGAAGCAGGCAAAGACUUUUUUUUGUUUUCAUGGAUAGUAAUCAACAGUGGUAAAAUUAAAACUGACAUGGAUUCCUCUACACUGUAAUGUGUUGGUACUAAUAUAUAUGUUAAGGCAAAGUUAAAGGGUUGAGUGUUUUUCACAUUCCUUUAAUUUUGCCUUAACAUAGAACUAAACCAAAUGACCAUGUGUCCUCAUUUAAGUUAAUGAGUAUUAUUGAGUGGUUCAAAAUCCUUCUAAAGUGAAAGUGUGGUUAUAACAGACAUUUAUGGAAUUGAAUUAUUUCUUACGUUUGCUGAUGUAUAUAAAUACGAAAUCUAUGCCUUUUAUUGUAAUUAAUAUGAGCGGAAAAACUAUGACAAAUUUUAGAACCCAAUGCAUUUAUGCAUACAUAUUUGUCUUAUUAGGUUAUUUUUAUUUUGUUUAAUAUUUUUCUGAGUAUCAUGUACCUAGUUAGUUAUUCUUCGAAAUUUCUUAUACAUCCUAUUAAGUUAUAUAAAGGAUUUAAAGUUAAAUACCACGAAACCAGAUAUUAUUUCAAAUGUUUUAUUUUAAUUGAUUUCGUACAUUUUUAAUAACUAAGAUUUUAAAUAUUAUGAACAGCGCCUAGCGAUUUAAAAAUUAGCCUUCUAAUGGGGUAUCUACUGUCUAGACUUUGAGUAAGGUAAUAUUUUAGUGGGUUAAAUUGAAGAUCCCUUCGUUAAGACAAGAACUGUUACACAACAGCCUUUGAUCUACGAGUUAUUCAUCAUCGCACACAGAGAUGCGUAUAUUGUCAAGGUGAUGUGUGUCAGUCAAAUGAGAAUAAAAAAAAACCUUUAUUUAUUUAUUUAGAAAACAUUUUUUUUUUUACUGGAAAAGUGUACAUUUUUGAUAAUUGAAAGUGGUGUAACCAUAAUUAACUGCUAUUGCAGAAGUAGGCGUGAAUACUGGUGUUCUGUGGACUUCAAAAGUUGUAGUUUGCUUUGAAAAUCAAGGCAUAUGUGGAUUCAAAGGUAUGGUUGUUUCUGUAAUCAUGCACUAUUAAAUACCAUAUUCAAUUUGUAAAUUUGUAAAUCAGGAAAAAUGGUUGCGCAGAUUAGACGUAAACUCUCAACAAAAACAUACAAAACAAACAAAAUAGGUACAUCAAAACACACCAACAUUUAAGUAUUGUACUAUUGUUACAUAAUGAAUACAUUUUUUACGAUACACUUCAUUCAUGUUUCAUACAUUUUAAACAAUACUGCCACAACUCAAAAGAACUUAAUUUAAAGAUAAUGAUGUAAAAUUUUAAUUUACUUUUAAUCGAAAGUAAAUUUUUAAUGGAGAAACUAUAUAAUUUAUGGAUAUGUGUAUUAUUGUAUCAUGUAUGAGUAUAGACACUAGUGUUUAUUGCGAACUGUGAUUUCAUUGUUGUAGCAGGUGAAUAAACUGUUUUUAUAUGUCACAAGUCUAGUAAUGCCAUUUGGAUUUUAGAAUUUUUGCUAAGAUCUGUGAUAAUAAAUAAGUUCAGUUCUGAGGAAAAUUUCAGUCAGUUUAAUCUUUGAACACUUCCAGAUUAAAUAACAGUGUAAGUAUUCUGGAUUUUGGCCAAUUACUACCCAGAUAUGAUAAAAUUGUUUAUUUGUAAAUGAUGUUUGCUUGUCGUAAAAUUGGAAUGACUUAAAUUAAUUAAAAAUAUAUAUAUAAACAAACUUACAAGCCGCAUAGAUAAUUACACAUUUUUAAUGCCUGUAAAUGUAAAUAUUUCUAUCCAAAUAACAACGAGGCAGUUUAUAUUUAAUACGAAACACUAUUAAGUUAGUAUGACAUGUACUGAGAUAGAAAAUUCUGUGUAUUGAGUUAUGAAACAAAAAGUAAAUACUCUCAAAUAAAAAAUUUAUUUAUGAAGAUGAAAUAAUAUUUAAAUAGGUACUAGUUUGUAUAUUUGAGUGUUUAUAAAUUAAAGGCAUUGAAAUACAAAAGGCUACUUUUAUUUGCACAUAUCGACAAAGUUAAUCAUCUCCGAUGAAGUACUAUAGAGCUACGAUUCGAAGAUCAUGUACUGUUCCAAGCUAGUAGUAGAUAAAAAAAAAUGUUAUGAAACUAUGCAUUAAAGUUGUGAUUUGUUUUAAUUCGUAUUGAAUAUUUACCUAUAUGAAAAUACAGCCAUAUCAGUAAUAAAAAAACAACUUAAUAACAAUUAAUAUUUUGCUGGCUUUGCACCUACCUAUAUACAAUGGCGUGUCAUUAACUGUUGCCAACGUGAUAUUAAACACGUUGUUACAUACUUGACAGUAUUAUUAAAAUCACGUAGGGAACGGUUUGUCCCACAAAAUUUCUAAAUGUCACCUUAAAAAAAAAAAAUUCUCAGUCCCUGUUUCGAAAACGUCUUCUGCGAUCGGCCACAACAGUCAGGUAUGGAACACACAACAACAACAACUGCGGAGGAAGCCACCGAUUCGGAUGCGGACGGUUCCCCUCCGCCGACGAAGAGGACGGCUGCAAAAUUUUUCAAGACGACCUUGUCCACGAUUUCGGGGCGCGUCGGCCAGCUGUUCAACAGGAGCGGCCGGUCCGUGGUCGCGAGGAGCGGGAGCUCGAAGGAAGAGCCGUCGGGAGACGGAGAGGGGGCACGCGCGGAGGUCGGCUCCUGCCCCGCGGCUCCGGCGAGGGAGGGCAGCUCCAUCGCGCUGAGACGCUGCGUGGGCGGCGCCUGUCUCUCCGUCCCGGCCCCUGUCCCCCGGCCCAGACAGCCGCCUCGCGCGCGACCAGGGCUCCUCCAGCCCAGGAGCCUCUCGACGACCCUCACCCAGAGGACCCCGACGCUCCCGACGGCCACGCUCUCGAUGAGGACCGUACCCGCCAGUCCCGUGAGAGGGUGACCCCGGCCAGUGCCGAACCUACCCCACAUUUGUACCUCUUCACCCGAUUCCACCGCCCCUUGAAUAAAUCUGUUGUAUCUGGAUAUUUUAAA